AUGAAUUAUGUAAUUGCCAAUCCUGAAAAAUCAUCCCAAAUUUUUGAGGAAAAAGAUGUUGAUAAAACUGAUGUUAAGUUUAACGACCCUAAUAAGAAGUAUGAGAUUCUGGAUGAUGAAGAGUAUAGCAACGCAAAUACUUUUUCUAACCACCCAGAAAUACUUACCACUAAUACAACCGAAAACAAUGAUAAUCGUGAAAUACAUGACUUUUGCCUUGACGAAUUUGCAAUGAAUUAUGUAAAGGAAUAUGCAACUUCAAUGAUAGAAUCAAUUUGGACCUCAUCAGCAGAUGAUAAUGAAAACACUGAUUAUGAGUUAAAUGGAGUAUGGGAAUUAGAUUAUAAUACAGUAGAAACAUGUGUCAAUGCGAAUAGACAAAGAUCUUUACAUUUACUUAGACUGGAUACAUCUAGUGAUGUAUAUUUUCGAUGUCUCAAACAUUUUGAGACUAUCCUACACUAUGUCCCAAAAUGUCUCACAUUAAGACCCAAUGUCCCAG